CUGCCCGCCCCUCCGAAGUCCCACCCCGAAUUGAGGCCUCUUUCAGCUCCGGGUUUGAGCCGGACGGACACUGCAGCCCUGACCUCUGACGGCAUGGACGCUGAAAGCCUGGCGCUCCUGCUGCCCCCCUCCACGCUGGCGGCACUGGCGGAUGACUGGCUCCGAGAGGACUGCCCGGGCCUGGACCCUGGCGCGCUGGCCUCGGGGGCGGCCCCGGCGCAGGCGGCGCUGUGGGCCAAGUCCCCGGGCGUGCUGGCCGGGAGGCCUUUCUUCGAGGCGGUGUUCGCCCGCGUGCAGUGCCAGGUGUCCUGGCUGCUGCCCGAGGGCGCGCGGCUGCGGCCGGUGCAGCAGGUGGCGGAGGUGCGGGGACUCGCGCACCGCCUGCUGCUGGCCGAGCGCGCCGCCCUCAACGCCCUGGGCCGCUGCAGCGGGGUGGCCAGCGCGGCGGCGGCGGCCGUGGAGGCGGCACGGGCGGCGGGCUGGGCGGGGCGCGUGGCCGGUACCCGGAAGACGGCGCCCGGCUGCCGCCUGCUGGACAAGUACGCGCUGCUGGUGGGCGGCGCCGCGGCGCACCGCUACGACCUGGGCUCGCUGCUCAUGGUCAAGGACAACCACGUGGUGGCGGCCGGCGGCGUGGACAAGGCAGUGCGAGGGGCGCGGAAGGCGGCGGGCUUCUCCCUGAAGGUGGAGGUGGAGUGCAGCAGCCUGGAGGAGGCGGCCGAGGCGGCGCAGGCGGGGGCUGACCUGGUCAUGCUGGACAACUUCAAACCCGAGGAGCUGCACGCCACAGCCGCGGCACUCAAGGCCCGCUUCCCCUCCCUGGGCGUGGAGGCGAGCGGGGGCGUCACGCUGGCCAACCUGACCCAGUUCUGUGGCCCCCACAUCGACGUGAUCUCCUUGGGGAUGCUCACCCAGGCCGCGCCCGUGGUUGACUUCUCGCUCAAGCUCUUCCCUGAGGGGGCCACACCCGCACCCUACGCCGUGUGCCCCGGUCCUGAGACCAAGUGUGGACGGUCGAGGGCCUGGGACCCGUAAGAUGACACAGCUUCAAGCCCAGUGGCCAGUCUGUCUGCCUCGGUUUCCUAAUCUGUCUAAUGGGUGGGCCCUGUGGCUCUGGGCAUGUGUAGUAAUUGCUCAGUAAAUGUUAGAGGUCACCAUCA